GGAACCAUGGGGCUGGGGGUUCUCCUCAUCCCCCUCCUCGUCCUCGGGGUGGCCGGUUCCCGGCUGCAGAUAUUCACAGAACCCUCCUCCCGGGCCCUGCUGGGCUCUGGGGCGCUGCUGGAAUGUCGGUUCGACGUCGGGGGGCCGGUCGAUCUGAGCUCCCUGCGGGUUCAGUGGUAUCUAUUUGAGGAGAGGAUCGCGCAGUACAACCAGGGCAGGGGAGAAUCCCAGCCAGGAGCAAGCGUGUCGGAGCAGGAGUUGGAGAACGGGAAUGCAUCCCUGUCGCUCUCCAGGGUGACGGUGUCGGAUGAGGGGCCGUAUAAAUGUGUAAUUGGUUAUGGUAUGGAGCAGCUGCAGGGAGAGACGGCCCUCCAUGUGCUCGCUGCUCCCAGACUCUCCAUCCCCCGGCGAUCGGCCGGGACAGACACAGCGACCUCCUUCCCCUGCCACGUGUGGGGAUUCUACCCCGGGGACGUCACCGUCACGUGGCUGAGAGACGGGCGGGUUCUGACCGAUGCCACCCACUCUGCCCCCCAGAGGAACCCGGACGGGACCUUUAACCUCACCCUGACCCACACCUUCACCCCCACCGCGAGCGACUCCGGCAGCAUCUUCUCCUGCCGCAUCACCCACUCGGCUCUGGCCCAGCCCCUGCGGGAGGAGUUCCCCCUGGCUGUCACAGCCGCUCCGAGGAUCAUCGUCCCCCAGCGAUCGGGAACGAAAUACACAACAACCUCCUUCCCCUGCCACGUGUGGGGAUUCUACCCCCAGGACAUCGCCGUCACGUGGCUGCGAGACGGGCGGGUUCGGACUGAAUCCACAUAUUCUCCCCUGCAGAGGAACCCGGACGGGACCUUUAACCUCACCCUGACCUACACCUUCGCCCCAACGUUUAGGGACAGAGGCAGCAUCUUAACCUGCCGCGUCAGCCACUCGGCUCUGGCUCAGCCCCUGCAGGAGGCGUUCGCCCUGGCUGUCACAUUUGUGACGUUCCCCUCUGUUGCUAUCCGGAUCAGUGAUCUGCGAGGUCACUCCAACACUUGGCUCUGGGAGCCAGCCUGA